GAGAGAGAGAGAGAGAGAGAGAGGCUGGGUUGUGGUUAUGGCCACGUAGAGGAGAUGUUGGAUGGUGCAGCAGCAGAGGGGUUUGCGCAGAAAUCCACCAACGAUGUAACGUCAAAAGGAGGAGAGAGAGGAGAGAGGAAACCUGACCAAUGAAGCGGAUAUUGCAGCUUUAUCUUUUGCACAUGUCUGAUGUCGUCAUUGGGAAACCACCAUCGCACAUCCCGGACAUAAAACAUGGAGAAGCAGAGGAUGCUGCUGCUGCUGGCAGUCCGGACUGAUGCGGUCUCACAUCAGGCUCCAUUUCCAUGGCAACAUCAACAUUAAAGCAACUUGAUGAUGAUAACUAGAGGAGUCCCUUGAAGAUGACACGUACAGACCCUCCUGACAUACUGGUAUCAACUGUGCAUCGAGAUAUUAAAUUGGUCCCCAUUUCUUCACACUACAAGUCCUUGCAACCCUCCAAACAAUGUGAUUCUAUAAAUUACAGCAAACUGGAGGACAGUAAGAGCAAAGUCAAUAAGAGGCACUGCCGCACCUUUGACUAUAAGUCAUUGGAGUACCCAAAAUCACACAAUUACUCAAUGGAGUCCCCAUACAAGAAGGCUGAUAGGCAUGCAGCCAACCCAGAUGUUGCCUGGAAUGCCUUGGGCCGCCAGCAGAGAUACCGUUUUUCUGCCCCGGACAUUUUUAGCCAUAGGUUAACUCCUCAACCAAUGGCUGCAGAUAUGACCAGUGAAGUCAUUGUCCCUGAACAAAAAAGAAGGACCAGGUCAAAAAGUGCCCCUCGGGUCCAGACCAGUCUCACCCCUGUGUCUUUUGAAGGGUCCUCAUCUUCGGGGAGGAAGGGCAGGGAGUCCCAAAGGGCCCCGAGAGACUCUCGCUGGAGGCCAGAAGUAUCACCGCGAAGGGAGUCCUCCCAUGCAGCAACUAGGGCUCACAUGCAUGAAGUCCAUCCCAUAAAGUUGCAGCCUCAAAUGAGUGACACCAGUAGAUACUCACCUCACUAUGCUGUGGAUAAUCCUGAGGACGGAGGGCUGGAUAAACCAGCAACUAGCCCUCAUGUCAGGUGUCGGGUGGACAUCAAACCUGAUGACGCAGCAUUACAUCAUUCAGGACGGAAACAGGCUACACCUCAUGUGGACAUACCCUGGCAGAGGCACCACAGUGGGGGGAGUAGGAGUCUGACUGUGCCACGCCAUUUCUCCUAUUCAAGAACACCAACUCCCACUGAUUCGUUAGGUACAGAGGGUAGGCAAGCUUAUCAAUAUUCCCGCAGCAUGCCAAAUAGUUACUUACAACCCAUGGAGAUUCCCUUGCAAAGAAUGCCGUCAUCAAGUGAUUACUAUGGUAGGGAACGCAGAGCUCAUUCCAGUCCUAAUGUGCCAACCAAGUUCUUCUAUGCGGAUGACCCAGGGAGAUACGUUACUACUGCUCCUCCUCAACCAAGUUCCUGCUUUCAGGAUGAACGUUACACACCAGGACAAACAUAUACUCCAAAAGUGCAAUAUGUGCAAGAUCCAAGGACUCGAAUGGUGCAUGCCGUAGCUACAAGACCCUAUUAUCCUGAGAUGGAGACCUAUCCAUACUCUGUGCAGACAGGGUAUCCCAAACCCUAUGCAGCAAAUGAACCAGGACCAUAUAUCAUACAGACACCUCCAACUAGAAUAUUUUAUGGGGACGAUCCAAGGUCUUAUCAAAUCCAGACUGCUCCGCCAAGGUUUUAUUAUUCCAGCGACAUGUAUGCAAUGCCACCAGAGCAUCAUAUCCCGGCAAGAGCAUAUUACACGGAGGGCCGAAGACAUGCUAGAGUCAUUCAAGCACAAACAGAUGACUGGUAUGGCUCAGAAAUAUCCGGUUAUUCCACCAAUCCUGCCUCUUAUGUAUCUCAAGUCACUCCAACCAGAGUCCAACAAGAGCCUGCGUCAACACCCUGGUAUGCCAGCCCAUGUGUAGAACCUCCAAGAAUUGGCACAGAGUCAAAGUCUUACUCGAGGUCCUGGGACAAUAUCCUUAACUCUCGUGUAGAGAGGGAACAACCUCUUCCUGUACAGCGGGGUCAGAGCUACGAUGAUCUUCUUGACUCCAGGAAGCCUGCUGCAACCACAGGUGACAAACCGCAACCGGUGGUAGUCAAUCUUUCCAGUUCGCCAAGACGCUAUGCAGCCUUAUCAAUGUCGGAUAACUCACUAAUUGACAAAAGCCCAACAGAGACAUCCAAGAACAGUGCUAGUAAACUCUGGUUUGUCACGCCUGAGAUAACAAUCACUGAUAAUGACAUGCGACCGGGGAAACUUAAUAAGGCUGAAGGACGGUCUGCCAGUUGGGACAUUCUUGACUCCAGAAGCACCGAGGGCCCAGAACUGACUCAGCGUGACUUUGAAAGCUCAACCAAAGAGAAGCCACACGACAACGCCUCACUACAGCAAAGCCUUGAACAACUUGAUGAGCUUCUGGCAGAUCUUGUGACCGAUUACAAGCCACCCAGUAGAAGGGCAAGUGAGGACAUUCUUGAUCAGCUAAAGAAGUUAAUUGACGAGGAAGAAGCAGUAUCUCUGUCCAGAAAGGGCUCAAAGCCAUGUACAGAGGAACCACCUCCUCUUGACAAGCAGCCGACCUCGAUAAGAAUGAAUCCCGAUGCUUUUCGAGACAUGGACGGGGCCAGUGAUGCGAUGAAGAGUGCAGACGAGUGCUCCCCAGAUCAGAGCCCAGAUGAGGACGAUACAAUGAUGUGCUCUAACAACAAAUGCCGGAGGACAGAGACCCUGUUCAAUGCUUGCCUAUAUUUUAAAUCCUGCCACAGCUGCUACACUUACUACUGCUCUCGUAACUGUCGCAGGGAGGACUGGGACAUUCAUAAAGAAAGCUGCCUGUACGGAAGAAUUGGCAGCAUAUGCCGUCACAUCAUCAAACACUGCCGGGAGACCGCAGAAAUCCACAAAGCCUUCUCCCGUGUUGCCAAAGUUGGCUACCUUUCUCGAGGUAGAGGAGUUCUGUUCCUUGGUUUUCCAAAUCCUGCGGCAUCCAGUAAAUUCCUGCAGUACGGCCUGGAUAGUCUACUCAUGUCUCCUACGUACCUGUCCCUCCGAGAGCUUGAAAGCUUCAAGGACAACCUAGGGGAGUACUGUAAGGAGCUACAGGAAGCCGGUAAAGAGUACGACCCCAACGAAUGUUUCAUCUUGAAUGUAUCCAUUGCUGUUGGUGACCAACUGCCCGAUGGGCCAUCGCCAAGGAACGAAGCUCCAACUGUGAGAAAAUAUGCAAAGGUAGCACUGGCUUCCUUCAGCCCCGAGAGAAAGGUUCACAAGAAAGAGAGUGACAUGGAAACGCUGAUCCUCACUCCACCUCCUGGAACGGCAGAUAUCGACAAAGAGGGAGAGGAAGGCAGGAAGGCCAGAGAAAUCUGUUUUAUAAAUAUACAACGGGAGUUAAGGAUUCGAGGGGUUUUCCUACGCCAUGAAUACCCACAGGUUUAUCAGCAGCUCUGUGAGUUUGUGGAAAGUAACAGAAGGUUCACACCCACAACUAUUUAUCCUAUUGAUAAGAGGACCGGUAAACAGUUUAUGUGCAUGAUCAUGGCUGCCUCUGAGCCCAGGACGUUGGACUGGGUAGGCACCCCGCAUCUCCUCGAUGACAUUAUUUAAGUGCACCUUUUGUUAUAAAUAUAUAUGUAUAGAAAUACAUAUAUAUUGUUACACAUUUAUAUAUCAAUCCAAUUACAAACAUUUGUAGAUAAGUAUUUUGUUAUCAAAAUGAUAUAUAUAUUCAUGUCUGCUUGGUCAGUAUUGUUCUUUUUCAGAAUAUUUCCUGUCAGGUGCAGAAUGAGCACAGUUACAGUACAUUAUUUAUUUUAAUCUUUUUAACAAGUACAUACUUUUUAUCCACAACAAGUCAUUUAUCUGUAUCCUGGUUAUUUACUGUUACAACACAAUCCCUUUGGUAGGGAUUACCUAAACUGACAUUAAAGGUAUUUUGAUUUUUUUGCAAAUUAUUAGCUAACAUAACAACUGUAUGUUUUGUUUUUUUUAAACUUAGCCUCUUUAAAUGAAAGAGUCCAUUUAUUGACAUGACUAUUUUUCAUAUGCGACUUUAAUGGUAUAUCAUGCAGAAAAUAUUAAACAUUAUUUUCUUAGCUAUACGUAAAUACUUUCUAUGCAAAGUUGCUUCAUGACUUAAGUACCACAUUCCUGUAGAAGGAGCUGUUAUAUAUUAUAUUAUAAUAUAUUAUAUUAUACACAUCUGUAAAGAAAGUUUUGCUGAAAUUCAGAUAAAAUACUGAAAGUUUUGAUGGCAACGUAAGAAAAUAAUGAAAGCUGAAAAAAGAGACAGUUGUGCUACUUGAAAGAUCUAUAAAAAUCAGCAUGAAGUCGUAUUGUUGCUUAUAUAGAAGUACUAUACUGAAAGUUUUUUUUUGUUUAAUGGUGUACUCUGGAGAGAUUCAAGCUAAAUCCAGUACCGGAGCAGUACUGGACUUGAAAGCAACCUCUAUAAAUGAAUAUUGAAAUGGUGCCAGUUACCAGCCACACACAGUAGGUGUCGGCCUGUGCUGUUCAGUUUUAAACACUGUGAAUAGUGAAAGUUACAAAAACAAAACUUGGUAUAAUACCAAUAAAUCAUGCAAUUUCCUAUAACACUGAAGUUGAUGAGUUGUAUUUUUUAGAUAUAUUUACAAAUUAAAAUAUAUGAAUUAGCAGCAGGACUUAUUGUCCUUAGAAACAAGUUGAGCCAGAUUUGGCACAGUAGCUAUAUGGUACAUAAAUGCUUGAAGAAGACAUUAGUUGUGUAUUUGUGCUGCACUAGGUUUAUUACAUGUGUGAUUUAUAUUGUCCUUUUUUCGGUUUUAGCAGAAUCAGAACCUUUGCAUUGCUCGUCGGUUGCAGAAGUUUUUAGAAACAUUUACCAAUGCAACUUAGCCAUGUUGCCUCAUCUCUCAAGAUAUAGUUCUUGACUUUGUUUUUGUAGCGUCCUAAAUCCCAAAUUUUCCUGCCAGCGCACUGACGAUGAUUUGAAACUUACAGUUUUAAAAACUCGACAGUGCAGCUGGAACAUAUUUGUAUGCUAAUAUCCAAACUAUUUAAAAAAAAAAAAAUGGUUUGACCCCAUUUGUCAAAUGACUCAACAUAUCUGGAAGAUGUGAAGGAGCUUUUGGCAAUCAGUCCUCAGUAAAAGGUUGAAUAAGCUGUUUUUUUCCCCCCAGUUAUUAAUCAUUGUUCUCCAUUUCUCCCCUUGUGAUAUCAGCUUUCCUUAGAAUUUGUAAGACGAAAGUACAGUGAAACUUGAAGUACAUAUAUAUAUUUGAAAAUUUUCACUGUGUUAACACUUGUCUGGCUGACAGGACGUGCUGUACAGAUUCAGUGAAAAGUUGCUGGCUGCAUGUGACUGUUUUCUAUGCUCUGAUCUCAUUUUAACAUGACCCUUUGAUGAUAGUAACUUGCUCGAUGAAUGGACUUGUGAAAGUGUGAAACUACUAUGCUGUGUAAGAAAAAAAUAAAUGAAUUUUUCCAUUUCCGUCAGUCAUUCAAAGUUAAAAAUAACGUGUCAAAGGCAACAAGAGAGAGAAGAGACCUAUCUAAAAAAUGUCUAGAAAAUCCUGUAAUCUUGUAUUUUUUAUACUUUCAACAUAUGUGUCUGAGUGUGUCUAUUUAUAAACCAUAUCUAAUAAAUGGAAUGGGAACUCUG